AUAUAUGAAUAUAACAAGACAAGCAAAAGCUGGUGUUGGAGCAACAUGCGCGGGAACACAACAUGCGUGAAAUACCCAAUAUGUGAUCAAAAAGUUAAAAUCAUGAAUAAUAUUCACUGAUUUUGGGCGUAUGCAGGUGGAGAAAAUGUAAAUAACACUUACGCAUAACAAAAAACAGCGUAAACGCCACACGCCAUUAAAGGUCGCUGGACGCCAAUAUUUGUUUCAGUUAAAACUUGGAUCAAAGAGUAACUCAAAUUCCUCUGUAAGCAAUACUGAAAUUCAGGCGCAAACUAAACCGUCCAUGGCGCUUGCAGAACUUGUGUUCCACAAUGUCUCAUUUGGACACGGUCUAGACACCGAGUAAAGUCCUUUAGGACAAUCUUAUCUCAUCCUUGGCCGCUUAUAUUUCGCAAACAUUUUCAAAUUCUUUGGAGAGAGAGAACCGUGAGUUGGUUACGUCGAUCGAGACAAAUUAGCGCUUAGAGUCUCGACCCAAAAUGGAUAAUUUCUUCACAAAACUACGACUCCAAACAAAAGGCAUAAUCGAUAACCGCUCAUUCAAUGGAACGGCAUCGCGUGGAAACUCGCCAACCCACGCAAAUUCGCCACAGAAGCACAAUCCGUUCGGAUUAAGCAGUCAAACUCCGAGGAACCCAUCGAGCAAGAGGAAUAAGAUUAUCCUCGUCGUUGAUACGCCUGAAACUGACUGGAUAUCGGUUUUUAAAGAUCGACAAGCUAGCCAUAAUGUUCAAGACUUGCGAGUUGAGCAGGCAGAAUUUUCCGAGCUCAAUCUUGCCAGUUACUCUGACAGUGGUACUGUUGUCGACAUUCAGGUUAGACGUGAAGGAACCGUUGUUGUCAGAUCUUUCCGCCCUGACCUUAUUUUGCUACGGCAAUCUGUGCGUGGUCUUGGGUCAAAGGAAGAUUGGAGAUCCUUGCUUUUUGGCAUGAAAUAUGGUAACAUUCCUAGUAUAAACUCACUGGAGUCAGUUUUUAAUUUUCUGGAGAAACCAUGGGUGUUUGCGCACCUUCUUCAAAUUCAACGAAAGCUUGGAAAUGACAUUUUCCCACUUAUUCCACAGGCAUAUUAUCCAAACCACAAAGAAAUGCUAAUCACGCCGAAGUUUCCUGCUGUUGUCAAAGUAGGUCACGCAAAUUCUGGCUACGGAAAGGUGUGUGUACAAAAUCACCGUGGAUUCCAAGAUAUUUCGAGUAUCGUGGCUGUCGCUGACACAUACGCUACAACAGAACCUUUCAUUGAAGGAACAUAUGACAUACGAAUUCAGAAGAUUGGAGAAAGUUACAGAGUAUUCAAGAGAAAAUCGCUUUCUGAUAACUGGAAAACGAACAUGGGUUCUGCAGUGGUCGAAGAAAUACAACUUACCGAACGAUAUAAACUUUGGGCCGACGAGUGCGCAAAGAUGUUCGGAGGUUUGGAUAUUCUAUGUGUAGAAGUAAUUCAGACUGGUGAUGGAAAGGAGUACAUUAUUGAGGUAAAUGAUACGGGAAUGAAGCUGUUCAGUGAGACAAGAGACACAGACAUUCAACGUAUAGCAGACCUCACUAUAAGCCGCCUCAAAGAAAAAUAUCCGUCGUCUUUGGAGAAUAUGAAUAACAAAACCGCUUCAGAAUCUCUACUGUCAGAAGCUUUGAAAGUGGUUGCAAACCCUACAAUUAAGGAAACAAAACCUGGAAGUGAUAGCACGUCGUCUUCAACAACCAAGCUUCAAGGGCAUUUCAGUGGUAUAAUCGUUGAUAAUUAAUUUCAUGAUUCAAAUCUGAAAUUAGACCACCUAAAAGCGUACAUUCCGCCAUAGGUGAGUAUGGAGAAGCGCGGAGCUGAUUAAAAAGUUUGAGAGCGUGCUGGACGAAUUUUCACGUAAUUAUAGGAAGGAAAUGUAAAUAUGAGUACAUGGCCAAGCGAGCAAAUCAGGAUUGGGUGGGUUGUCAUGUGAUUUUAUAACGAAAAUGCCCAUGCAGUCUCUCUUCAGAGCCAACGUUAACGUUUUACCAUGCAGUAAGCGUUUUAUUUUUGAGCAUUUCUUACUGACCAAUCAAAUUUGGCCUAAAAGUGUAAAAACUGACCUAACAGUGUAUAAAUGUUUGACAAAUCAUUUUUACACUCAGUUUUACAAUCAAUUUUAAUCGAUUAAUCAAUUUUACAGUGCAUGAUGACAGUAAAAUUUGUUCGUACGCACAAAUAUAUUUAUUAUAACAAUAUUAAACGAUCAAGCACCUCGACCUUCGUCCUCCUUCUUCUAGCAACACAAGGUAACAUAUCAUUCACUGCCCUUUUUUCGUAUUUAACGUUUAAUACGUUGCACUUAAGGCACCCUGUUCACUGCACUGCAGCCCUGCAUGACUGCAUUUAUUGCAUGAUAUUAUAGUAAAAUAUAUAAUGCGAAUUUAAUGAGAUUCAUUAAAUUGUAUUUUUAUCAGUGCUUUAUACUACAUGCACUUUGCGUAGAAAGAAAUCAGAAUUGAAAGUUGUAGUUUAUUUUGCAUUAAUUUGUUGUCAAAAAUAGUUUAAUAUGUAUAAUGUAAGAGGUUUGAAAGAAAAUAAAUA